CGGCGGCCCCCUCCCCCACUUUUCUUUGCGCUCGGCAGGAACCCGUCGUCGGGGUUGCUUCGCCUGCUGUGGUCCGUCGUCGUCAUGGAUUCUCCGUGGGAUGAGCUGACCCUUGCCUUUUCUCGCACGUCUAUGUUCCCCUUUUUUGACAUCGCCCACUACUUGGUGUCCGUGAUGGCGCUGAAGCGUCAGCCGGGAGCUGCGGCAGUGGCAUGGAAGAAUCCUCUUUCAAGCUGGUUUACUGCUAUGCUCCAUUGCUUUGGUGGAGGAAUUUUAUCCUGUGUAUUGCUUGCAGAGCCUCCGUUGAGGUUUCUUGCAAACAACACUAAUAUAUUACUGGCAUCUUCAAUCUGGUAUAUUAUAUUUUUUUGCCCAUGUGACCUAGUUUCCCAGGGCUAUUCUUUCCUACCUGUUCAACUCUUGGCUGCGGGAAUGAAAGAAGUGACCAGAACUUGGAAAAUAGUAGGUGGAGUCACACAUGCUAAUAGCUAUUACAAAAAUAGCUGGAUAGUCAUGAUAGCUAUUGGAUGGGCUCGAGGUGCAGGUGGUACUGUUAUCACGAAUUUUGAGCAGUUGGUAAAAGGAGGUUGGAAACCAGAAGCUGAUGAAUGGCUGAGGAUGUCCUACCCUGCCAAGGUAACCCUACUGGGGUCGGUUAUCUUCACUUUCCAGCACACGAAGCUUCUGGCAGUAUCAAGGCAUAACCUUAUGUUCCUUUAUACCAUGUUUCUUGUGGCCACAAAGAUAACCAUGAUGAUUACAGAGACUGCUACUGUGCCUUUCGCUCCUUUUGAGGAUACAUUGAGUCGGAUGCUGUUUGGCUGGCAGCAGCAGUUUUCAUCAUGUGAAAAGAAAAGUGAAACAAAAUCAUCUUUUAAUGGUACUGGUUCAUCGACCUCAAAACCUAUAGCUGUUGCUUCAGAUACUGUUAAAAAGAAACAUACUAAGAAGUCUGAGUAAAUUUACUUUAUGAGCUCUAAAGGAAGAAAUUUUUUUUCUUAUCUACCUGUCUGAUUGUGAUAAAUAUUUCUGUGUAAAUGAUGUGAAAUAAAGAUUACAUAUAAGGAAUGGAGGUGACAAAAAGAAAGAACUUCAUUCUGUUUCAGGGAGAUUGUCUCUUUCUGGAUUGUAAUUUUUGAGUGUUUUGAGUGUAUCAUGUGAAAUUGUUUUCCUAAGUUAUAUAUAAAAGAUUCUGUUGGUUAUUUUCAUAGUUUUAUAUUGAUAAAGGAGGCUAGAUUUUUUCCUAAUGUUAGAAAAAGUAAACUUACUAUCAUUGCAGAAUAAUAAAAAUUAAAGCCUUU